AUUGUGAAGCUGAAGGAGGUGACGAUGGAAAAUCAUGAGCUGUUCUUCAUCUUUGAACACAUGGAGUGUAAUUUGUAUGAUGUCAUAAGAGAAAGGCAAGUUGCUUUCUCUGAAGGGGAUAUACGGAAUUUUAUGGUCCAAAUACUGCAAGGUCUUGCAUAUAUGCAUAAUAAUGGAUAUUUCCACCGUGAUUUGAAACCUGAGAAUUUGUUGGUGACAAAUGGUAUUGUCAAAAUUGCUGACUUUGGUUUGGCAAGAGAAGUAUCUUCCAAUCCUCCUUACACUGAUUAUGUUUCCACCAGAUGGUAUCGAGCUCCGGAGGUUCUGCUGCAAUCGUCAGCUUACACACCUGCUAUUGACAUGUGGGCUGUUGGUGCAAUUUUGGCUGAGCUGUUUACAUUGUCCCCACUUUUCCCUGGUGAAAGCGAGACAGACCAGCUUUACAAAAUAUGCACUGUGCUCGGGACCCCAGAUUGUACUGUCUGGGCAGAGGGAUUGAACCUGCCUCGUCAAGUACCUUUAAGUUUUUUCCAGAUUCCUCCAAGAAACUUGUGGGAGCUUAUUCCUAAUGCUUCUUUGGAAGCAAUUGACUUGAUCCAGCGACUUUGUUCAUGGGAUCCACAAAGGCGACCAACUGCUGAGCAAGCAUUACAACAUCCCUUCUUUAAUGUGUGCAACUGGGUACCAAGACCUGUUCAUGAUGCUUCCCAUACAAAAGCAAAUGAACCUAAAGCACAUCCAAGGUUGGAACUGAACCUGUGGGAUUUCAGUACAGAACCUGAUGACUGUUUCCUUGAUUUAACUCUCAGUCUAAAGCCAAGUUUUCCCGGAACAGACCUUGCUAACCAUGUUCCGCAACGUACAGAAGAGGAAAUUCUACUAUACUCGGGAUUUGAGAAUACCCCAGUGAAGCCUGGCUUUUGGCCACUGGUGCCAUCAGAUCGUCCCAUUGGUGAUGUUCCAGCCAUGCCAUCCUGGCAACAGGCAUACAUGGUCGACAGGGCCUCAUUGCCAGGCUUUUCUGGUACCCCAUUCGGGCUGUCCUUGCAGCCGAGCCUGAUGGAGAACCACCACCAUUCGCUAGCGCCUAUCCGGCAGGUCAAUUUCUUCUGACGGAGGCGCGAUUAACAGACUGAGCAUUCAUACGAUUCUUGCGUUCUUGAUACUUGCAGCUUCUUGCUGUAUACACUAGACUCGAAAAUAAGUGGCGGCAGUAGAGGAAAUGUAUAUAUUAUUUGUAGCUCUUGCUUUUCCUUUUUCCCCCCCUUCUCCCCCUUUCUUUUCUUCCUUUUGUUACUCCAUCCAUAUUUAUGUAAAUAACAACAAGAUCAUCUCCCAAAACAAAAACAGUUUUGUAUGUGACCAUGUUCUAGUGAUGAUACAGAUGGGUGUUGAGUUCCUGAGUGAGCA